AUGACGGGUAAGAGGACAAAGGCAACGGGAGAUAACCUGGUCAACGCAGGAGCGGCCGAAGCAGCCGGCGAAGGGGGAUCGGGCCAGAUGCUGCCAGCCAACCAAAACGACAUAGAAGCCGCCAGGGAUACUUUGAGCGGGAACAUAGACCAGCCGACUCUUCACCAGCUGCUGCUGGGCGUCCUGUCAGCAGCGCAGGCCAACGCCCCAAAAGCGCCAGCCAGGGAUCCCCAGACAGCACCGCCUCGGGAUCGCUCUCCUGACGUUGUCAUCACAAAAGACGUGACCAUCAUGCCAUCCGCAAGAGAACAGCUAGCAGCAAUAAGGACGGAAGUUCAAGCGAAUGACGCACCGAAGCUGACAGCCCCACACGAGCAGCGGGAGCAGCUCGACGAAGGAACGCUAAUGCUGCUAGAGACCGCCAUCACCGCGCUGGAUGCGAACGAACCCCAGCUGGCCGUCGCGGGAGAAUGCCUCAAGAUCGCUCACCGCCGCCUUAAGUGCUACUCCGUUGCUCUGGCCAAGGCGGCCCCAGGAGCCAACGGUAAUUUCACGGCCCCCUACGAAAUCUGGCACGGCAGGCGGCGCAACUUCACCAAGCCCGAGUUCAAACCAGAGGCCAUAGAUAAGGGCGACAUAGAGAGUGCAUUAGCUAAAACGCGCAAGUCGGUGGCGGCGGACAGGGACGAGAAUUUGGCCGCCACAGUACUGGGCGCACUGCUCGUCGCCGCGGGUUUUAGAGCCCCUCGCCCCGCGCAGCCCCCCCCUGCCCAACGAGACAACACACAAGUGGAGACCAAGAACACCGCCAAGCGUCCCGCACCCGGCCCUGCAGAGCCCACCCGGCCCCGGACCAAGGUCGCCCGCCAAGCCCAGGAACCACAUCCAGACCCAGGAGCCCCUUCGAGGAAUGAACAAGCGGUCACAGAAGGAAUAAGAGCACGCGCGCAGACACUGCUUGGCCAGGUGCCCUUGGACGCUAACCCCAUGAUCGGCAAUCUAGCUCUGGCGUUGGCAAGCCAGGCGCACAAGGCGCGAGCUAGCAGCACAGUCGCCCAGUACAAGGAGCCAUGGCAGGAGUUCCUAGAUUGGGCAGAGCUACUACACAUUCGGGCGAGCGACAUUUACGACAUCAGGCCAGAGAUAGUGGCCAUGUACCUGAUGCACAUCUACCAAACCGCGCAAGCGGAUGAAGUCCAAAACGGACCAGGAGGGCAAAGGGCAGACCAUCCGGAUCGCGCGCGUGGGGGGCGUGGCCUGCCCAGUGGGCUUGACAGAGAGGCUGCUGGCGCUUGGUAACUAUGUCCGUGUCCCCAGUUCCCCCGUGGAGGACGUGGGUCCGCUGCUGCGCAGGGUUAAGGCGACACAGCUAGGCCACCAGCUGCAGCAGAGGACCGGCUCUGUUCAGUCACCGAUCCCCAGCCUCAGCUAUACCUCCUUCCGGGAGAAGCUCGCUGCCAUGUGCAGCGCCGUGGGCAUCAAGCGCGGCAUCAUGCCACACUCCAUGCGCAUCGGGGGAAACAGCGCGGCAGCAGCCAGAGGGGUAUCUGAAGAAGCCCGCAAGGCCCACGGUCGCUGGAAGACGGACGCAAUGGUACAGGUAUAUACCCGGGUGGCAGACGAUGCCGCACUUGGAAACCAAGCGCAACCUGGGCCUCGCCUGAGUCAGAGGGCCCCCUCCUGCUAUCUUUUCUGUCUGCAGUAGUGUAAGGCCCUUGGCAGCCCCCGGUUUCGCCUCGGCCCUGUCUUUUUCCGGCACCCCGAAUGCAACCGUACAGCAAGCCAUGAAGGCUAUAGGACAUAAUUGUAGCUUAGAUGCGGCAGGAGCAAAGCGAGUAUAGCCUCUAAGCUAGGUUAUGUACGGCAGCCGUAUGGCUUGCUGAGAAUUCGAAUUUACUAUUUCAGCUGACAGCUCCAUAGUUCCGGCAUUCUGCCUACACUAUUGGAGCUUAUUAUUAUUGUUGCUCUCACUCCCCCCCCCCCGCCCUCAGUGUCCCUCGUUUAAAAGCGGCAGG